GUUCCAGUCUCUACCAGGGUGACUGAAAUGGCUGGUAAGGCUUUCUCCCUCAAAGCUCUUUUCUUUUUCUUCUCUCGGAUUAUCUUUAGAAGAACAAAGAAUCCAUCUAAUAUCUGGGUCUGGAGAAAGGGUGGCAAUGUCCAUGAAUCUCAGUUGAAAGUUCAGAAGCACCCUUUUCUUGCCCAUGGACUGGAGGAGCUCUUAACCCAAACUCUGAUCUUUGAUGCGGAGGGUACACUGUUGAAAUCAUCUUCUCUGUUUCCUUAUUUCAUGCUUGUAGCGUUCGAGGCUGGAGGUACUUUCAGGGCUCUUGUUUUGUUUCUCUUGUAUCCUUUUAUCUGCAUGGUUGGUGAAGAGGUGGGGUUGAAGAUCAUGGUCUUUGUUUGUUUCCUUGGGGUCAAAAGGAAGAGCUUCCGAGUUGGGACGGCUGUGUUGCCAAAGUUUUUCUUAGAGGACGCUGGGUUUGAAGGUUUUGAGACGUUGGCCAAGUUUGGGAGAAAGGUGGGUGUGAGCGCUUUGCCCAGAGUGAUGGUUGAGGCAUUUUUGAGGGAUUAUUUGGGGGUUGAGUAUGUGGUGGGAAGAGAGUUGAAGGUGUUUCGUGGGUAUUUUGUGGGUCUAAUGGAGGAGGAUAAGGAGGAGGCCAGUCUGGUUCUGCAAAGGAUGUUGGGAGAAGAAAAGCAGCAACCCAGUGGCGAAUUCGUCGGGAUUGUUGGCCGCAACGGAGCUCUUCUUGAUCAUCAGCUCUUCUCCCACUGCAAGGACAUCUACUUGGUGAGCGAAGCAGAAAAGAGGAAGUGGAGUCAGCUUUCCAGAGAAAAAUACCCCAAACCUCUCAUCUUCCAUGAUGGUAGAUUGGCCUUCAGACCAACCCCAGUUGCUAUGCUGGCUUUAUUCAUGUGGAUCCCCUUUGGGUUACCUCUUGCCAUCAUCAGAACCCUCGUCGCUUUGUUGUUACCCUACAAGUUGUCCAACCCUAUUCUAGCCAUGAGUGGGAUGAGACUGAAGCUAACCAAACCCAAAUCUUUUCUCAGUUCCAGUAGCCCCAAGCCAGAGCUAGAAUCCUCCAGCUCCAAACCAAAAGGCCUUCUCUACGUCUGUAAUCACAGAACACUCUUGGACCCAGUCUACCUUGCCACAGUCCGCAGCAAACCAGUCACAGUAGUCACCUACAGCUUGGGUCGGGUCUCAGAGAUGUUAUCACCAAACAGAACCGUCCGCUUGACAAGAGACAGAGAGCGAGAUGCAAGGAUGAUGGAGAAGUUAUUGAGGCAAGGUGACCUGGUUGUCUGCCCGGAAGGAACCACAUGCAGGGAGCCGUAUCUGCUGAGGUUCAGCCCCCUGUUUGCAGAGAUGAGCGAUGACAUAGUUCCUGUGGCAAUGGAUUCCCAGGUUAGCAUGUUUUAUGGUACAACUGCUACCGGGCUCAAAAGCCUGGACCCACUCUUCUUCCUGAUGAACCCAUUUCCGUCCUACAAGGUUCAUUUCCUGGAGAAGGUAUGUGGGCUGUCCAAGUGUGUUAAUGGCGGACAAUCGAGCUUCGAUGUGGCCAAUCAUGUACAGAAUCAGAUUGGUCGAGUGUUGGGCUUCGAGUGCACUCGACUUACACGAAAGGACAAAUAUUUGAUUUUGGCAGGUAACGAAGGAUUGAUCGCAGCAACAGCUGGGAACAAAUCCCAAAAUCAGUCGCUUGUUUCCAACAGGGCAACAGCUAAAUAACGGCAGCUUUUGCUGUUUAGACGGUCCUCGACUCGUCGUUGUCUGAUAUUGUAAUGUUGAAAGUUGAAACAUGUCUUUGCUGUGCAUGUCUAUUCCUUUUCAUGAAUUCCUUCCUCUACUUUUUUUA